AUGGAGAUGGAGUCUCUGCAUUCACGUACCCCGGACCACACUGAGACGGCUGAGCCUGGGCCCGCUCGCGAGCCACCAGCAUACAAAGAUGCGCAGGUCUGGAAGGACCUCGAAGCUGAGACUGGCUUUGCUUCCUGCGCGGAUUAUAUGGAGUUCUACAAGAAUGUUCGCCCUGAUUUCGAAGACCGGCUAAAGCAAUUCCGAAACUGUUGUGGCCGAAAGAUCUCGUGA